CUCACUACUACCUACAGUAUAGCCAAUAUCCCUUGAUAGAAUGCCUCAAGAUGAAGAAACAGAAAACAUCUUUCUCUUCAUUCCCAAUCUAAUAGGAUACGCCCGCAUACUCUUCGUGAUCGCCUCACUAUGGUACAUGCCCCUCCAUCCCUUCACCUGCUGCACUCUGUACAGUAUAUCCUGUCUACUCGACGCGUUCGACGGCGCCGCAGCAAGAAGAUUCAACCAGACAACCCGAUUCGGGGCUAUUCUUGACAUGGUCAUCGACCGCUGCACGACAGCCUGUCUCUGUGUCUUUCUGGCCGGUGCAUUUCCCAAAUGGGGGAUUGUGUUUCAGGGCUUGAUCAGUUUGGACAUGGCGAGCCAUUACGCGCAUAUGUUUGCGACGGCGAUGGGUGGGCAGAGUCAUAAGGAGAUUGAUGAGAGACUGUGGGUUUUGAGGGUGUAUUAUUCGAAUACAUUUGUUUUCUGAAUGAGAUGUUUCUUAUUGCGCUUUAUCUGCUGUCUUUUGCAGAUACGGAGACUAUCAUUAUAUUACCUCUCGCUAUUUCUAGUGUC